UGCAUAUUGAGACCUAACGGGUUGAGUGACGUCUGCGACUGCCGAACACAUAGACGCAUUGAGUGACGAAAGCUGUAUACGGAAAGCUCACAGGUUGAUUUAUAUUGGAGAUUGCCGGACACAUCCACACGCGUUGAGGAAGGAUAGCUGUAUACUGAAAAUCCACAGUAGCUAUAGUGACGGGACAAUUCGAGAAUGCAGUACACAUAGACCCGACCCCCAACCAGUACCCGAACCCCCCUGAAAAAUAGAGGCCAUGCGCCCCCCCCCCUCUCUACCUCCCCCAGAGGAUGAGGAGGGUACAGUCCAAAGACACUACAAGAGACUUGGAGUGCCCUCGGAGAAUGAAGCUUUUGACCAAGUGUUUAAGAAUAACGUGGACGCACGGGCCCAGAAAGAAGAAGAGACACCGAAGGCAGACGUUUGGAACGUAGAACUAGAAAAGGAGUUCACUGAGGACGAGGUUGAGGCGUGUGUGAACAAGCUGAAGUGCCACAAAGCAGCAGGAGCGGACGGGAUAGUCAACGAGUGCAUGAAAUGGAGGGAAGGAGUGGUUGUGAACUUGUUCAAGAAAGGAGACAAGACUGACCCAGGAAACUGCAGGGGGAUCACACUGUUAACCACAGUAGGAAAAGUGUUCUGUAAGCUGCUGAACGAUAGGAUAGUGGGAGUAUUGGAGAAGGAACAUAGCAUUAGUGAGGGCCAGGCAGGUUUCCGCAAGAAGAGGGGGUGCGUAGACCACGUGUUCACGGUAGGGAGAAUCAUCCAAGGUAGAAAGAGGGCGGGAAAGCCGACGUACUGCUUCUUCCUGGACGUGAAAAAGGCAUACGACACUAUGGACCAGGACACAUACCUCGGAGCAGAGAUCGCAAACGACUGCUGGUGGAAUGCACACGUGUCCAAGGUAGCGGCAAGGGGCAAAGCACGAGCAGGGAAGCUGCACCCAAUACUCGCAAACCGGCACCUCGAUACACGCAUCAAAUUGACGGUUUUGAAGAGCGUAAUCGUACCGCCGCUAGAGUACGCCGGAGAAUUGAAAGCAGCGAAAAUCAUCCUAGGAUGCUCCAAGCACACAAGUAUUGCAGCCGCCAGGGCAGAAUUGGGGAUCCAAUCCCUACGGUCGGGAAGAGACGCGAGGAAGCUGACAUGGCAGUAUCGCAUGUGCGGGAUGGGAGAGGAGAGGUUGCCGAGGAUUGUAUGGGAGGCGAAGUGGGCAAACAAAAAGAGGGGUAGACAACCCACGGAAUGGGUCAAGGUUGUAGAGGACGUAUGGAAGGGGCUCGACAUCGACGAAGAUGAAACGCUGGAAACGGAGGGGUUCAAGGAGUACCUACAUGGACCAAUGGACGCAGGAACAAAGCUUAAGGUCAAAUUCAGGACCGGGGACAUCGGCCUUCGAGAACGUCGACGAAGACAUAGGACGGUAGACAACGAAGACGACGAGUUCAAAUGUGAUUGCGGCUUCGAAUGCGAAGACCGUGUUCAUGUAGUCGCGGAAUGUCCGUGA